AUGGACCGGCAGUAUCGCCUGAUACGUCUUCGAUACGCUCUUUUGCUGCCUCUCUUGCUUGCUCUUGGCCUUGUUUUGACUUUCCAUGUGCAAGUCAUAGGCUACAUCAAGCAUGGUGUUGAAUCUCUCCAAGUGUCAACGCCUAAUGAGGCGUAUCUAGACUCAACUUUUGACGGACUGCCACUCAAACGCGCCAACACCGGUUAUACAUGCAAUGCUAAACCUUGUUCGAAUGGAGCUUGUUGUGGCUCUUACCAAGGCACUUCCGAAGGCAUCUGUGGCUACGGUAGUAGUGUCUCUUCUUUUCGCUGUACAUCAAACUGUAACGCUACGGCUCAAUGCGGUGAAUUUGCUCCCAAAGGAAGCGAAUUCUGUCCAUUGAACGUCUGUUGCUCACAAUUUGGCUUUUGCGGGACGGGCCAUGACUUCUGCUCUGGUAAAUGCCAAAGCAACUGCGUGCAGAAGCCUGCUGUGCCGCCUGGCAGAAACUCCGGCAGUGUGCUCAAUAAAGUGAUUGGGUACUAUGAAGGCUGGUCAAAUGCACGUAGUUGCUAUGCCUUUCCUCCCAGCGCAAUCCCGACCAAGGGGCUCACACACGUGAACUUUGCAUUUGCCUACAUCGAUCCAAAGUCUUACAAAAUUGCCAUUAUGGAGUCCGAUAUGCCCAGUUCUCUUUUCGCCCAAACAACGGGCCUUCGGGCGCUUAAUUCGGAUGCGGAUGAUGUUGAAAUCUUUGUAUCCAUAGGCGGGUGGUCGUUCUCAGACAACUCUACAGCCACUCAGCCCGUGUUUUCCGACAUUGCUGCGAGCGAAGCAAAUCGAAAUACCUUUGCCAAAAAUCUUGUCGACUUUCUGACAGAAUACGGAUUUGAUGGAGUUGACUUUGACUGGGAAUAUCCCGGCGCUCCUGAUAGACGGGGCAAGAGAGAGGACACCAAAAACUACGUUCUUCUCCUACGGGCUGUACGACAAGCUUUUGAUAGCUCUGGCGGACGCUAUGGCAUCAGCUUCACAGCUCCCAGCUCCCUCUGGUACUUGCAAUGGUUUGAUCUUCCAGGCAUGAUUGAGUAUGCCGACUGGAUCAAUCUCAUGACCUACGAUUUGCACGGAGCUUGGGAUUCAAUGGAUGCUAUUGGUAGUAUUGUCCAGGCCCAUACUAACCUGACAGAAAUCAAAUCAACGCUCGAUCUUCUCUGGCGAGUCAACAUUCCUCCCAAGAAGGUCAUCAUGGGCCUCGGCUUCUAUGGCCGCUCGUUCACGUUAUCACAUCCGUCUUGCGCAACACCUGGCUGUCCAUUUUCUGAAGCCGCAGCGCCAGGAAUAUGCUCCAAGAAAGCCGGCAUACUUGCUUAUUUUGAAAUCAUGGACAUUUUGGACAAACAGAAACCCAAAGUUAUUUGGGACAAGGCCGAUGCCGUCAAAUACUUCCAAUUCGGAGCCGCAAAAGAUCAGUGGGUAGAAUAUGCCAACAGCAUUGGACUUGGAGGUGUGUUGAUCUGGUCUGUCGAUCAAGACACCACAAACUCCGAUGCCCUUGGAGGACUUGUUGGCAAAAAUGCCGCUGGAAUCACCAAGCAUAGCCAUGCUUCCAAAUCCGUUGCAGGCAGCUGGGCUAGCCAAAACGGCCAAAAAUGCGUCAAGACCGACUGUCUCAGCGACUCUGAGAUCGGAACAUGGGGCACCGACUUUUCGAUUGCGCCAAACGGCAAUGCAUUCCGAGAUAAUUGCGGGAAAAAGAAGAACAGAUACAUUGUCUGUCCCACCGAUGCUAUGCCCAGCACUUGUCAAUGGAGAGGUGGCGAGACGACUAAACUUUGCCACGGACAAUGCCAUGCAGGAGAAGUGACUCUGUUCCAUUCCAAGCAUGCAACCGUUAAUUGCCUGGCCCCGGGUUUGCAGGCAUUCUGCUGCCAAUCCAACACUUGGAGUGCCUUGGUUGACUCUUGCACCUGGUCAUCGGACACUACCUGUCCGUCCUCAAAGACUUGGGUUGCCCAGAAGAAUGUUAUUACCGAAGAGCGCCAGCUCGUAGAUACCGAUUACAUUGUAACACCAGUGGCCUACUGUUGUGAUUCUGCUUUUGAUGAUUGUCAUUGGAUUGGGAAAGGCACUUGUGACCAGAAUGAGUGCGCUGACUACGAAAUCGAAUUGGCCCUUGAUGAUGUUGGAAAUUCGACGGAGUGGUGCGCCAAUGGCCUCAACAACCGGCAGAAAGUAUUGUGUUGCACUCCGCCGCAGAAGCUCAAUCCAUUCCUGCCGGUACCUCUGGCAAAUCUCUUCCCUACUUUACCACCCGCCACCUAUGUGCCGGAUUUCCAUAUUGAGUCUCUUCAGAACUCGUCAAUCUCAUCUGGCUCAGAUACAGUCACCGGGGCUUUUGGAAUGGUGGUAAUUGAUGGGCCUCCUAAUGUAGUGACCAGCUUGAGUGCACGAGAUGAUUCCCACAUCCAGUUUCUAGACUGUGAGCGAAGCGAGAAACGAGAUGCAAAGUCUGUUUAUACAGCUCGUUAUAUCUGCAUAGACGAUUCACCUCAGUCCAAUUGUAAUGCGGUUCAUGAGGGUGGUGCCAACGGCACCAUCGUGAAACUCCCUGAGGGCUGCGGCUUUGCGACUUAUGGAGUCGUCAAGGAUAUUCGCUUAUCGACCAACCUCACAGUCGAACACGAGUUACAAAAGAGAGCUCCAUCGCUUAAUCCUCCAGUGUACGAGAUGGAUAUUUCCUACGAUUACUCGCUUGUCAAGCGCGAUUCUGGAACUGUAUAUGUACGAAUCGAUUAUGGGGAUUCUCUGGGCUACUGGAAUGAUAUCGUGCGUGGAGACGCCAUUACAAAGAGAGGCCUAGACGAAUCCAUUGACAAGCGUUUUUGGAGUCCUGAUGCGAAAGUAUGGGCGGACGAACUCAAUGCUAUUCGGUAUAGCGACUCCCGUCCCCAACGUUCUCUGGUGUUGGAACAGUCGGAUUUUUCCCAGGUCUUGUUUUCGCAAGAUCAGUCGGCCCAUUGUGGUGGGAAAGAUGGGUUUAUGCUCAUCGAACUCGAAGGCUCAGUGAAAAGCGAAAUCCGAUUUGGAGUUACAAUGGUGGGAACUAUUUCUCCUGAAAUCAAUUUCGAAGAAACGUACGGGUAUUUUGAUGCCAACAUGGCUUACUCGGGCACUCUCAUGCUGAAUAGCAAAGCAUCAGUCGAUAUUGACGGCAGUACCAAGUUUGUUCCUGUUUUCGCAACGGACAUCUCCAACUACGCAUUCAGCGAGCCCGGAAUGGUCUCGUUUACUCCCAAGAUGAAUAUCCAAACGAGCUUGAUGGGACACGGACAGAUCAAUUCAGACUUUGUGCUCAGUUUCAGGGCGGGGACCGACGGCUAUGCCCGAUCAAACGAGCCUCUGUCACUGGGAGAUCCGAAAGGAGAUGUCGCAAAUAUAGUAGGCCCCGAAUCUUGGGCUGGGUUUGCAGGCGGAGCGCCGAAUAAAGGCUUAUCCAAGAGAGGGUGCACUGAAUCAACACUCUUGGGAGUCUAUCUCGAUAUGCAGACAUGGCUAGAUAUCGAUGUUUUUGGCUUUGGGACUGACGAAGAAGCCGCCGACGGACGAUUUCUCAUUGAUGUCCCGCAUUACAUCCGCGUUAUAAGUGACAGUGGCAACAUCAGUGUUAUCAGCGCAGAUCGACAGGUUGGCAUUGAAGCGUAUUCGACUGGUAUUUCAUCCGCAUGGGAGACUGAUGACUCCAGCCAUCUAGUUGGCUCUAUUGGAAAGCCGUACAUCUACACUUCCGGCCUCUCAAACCCGGCGCCUCCUCGUACAGCACCCGACUGGGGUACUGACAGUGUCAUCGAGGGCGAUUAUUGCAGCUGCUCUGAUAACAGGGCAGCCACACUCACCUGCUGCUACUUGGGCACUAACAUGGCACAGUUUGAUUCAGAUUGGAACGGCGAUUCAGAAGAUGGUUUGCCAGUCGCGGACAAGAGAAGCUUUGAUCUUGAUCCCAGGGGCACUGGCGGUCGCAGAGAGUUUCAUGUGCACACCCCCUCCGGCGCUACUUUUAUCAUCAGAUCUCAUACAUAUCCAAACGGGAGAAACGGUGCAUACCUCGUAGGAGUCAACACACAAGCAGGUUACUACAACUUGGCCAAUGCAGCCAACUGCAGCGACGUCUCCAUCACAUCUUCUGGUCCACAGAAUAGUGAUUAUGUGACGGAACAUAUUGUGGAACUAGGCACCUUCGGCCUCAUGCUCGAUUGGAUGAUGUUUGGCACUUUCACUCUACCCGAUGGCUCUGUUGUAAGGAGCCGAUAUACGCCCAUUCCGGAGGCAUUGCUAGGCACAGGAGGCCUGUUCCAAACAGCCUGGGAUCAGUGGCCGUCGAGUCGUAUGACCUCGACGUCAACACCUAUGGAUGACAUCUGGACUGCAUUUGGUGAUACGACAAAUCCUGGUGUGCUCGUCAACUGCGAAAAGAUAUUCAAUGGCGUCAAGAUGCAGAUAUGGCAAGGGAAUAAUCCCAUGUCGAAAGAUACGUGGAAAGCGAACAACUUUGAUGAUACGAGCGACAAAAACGGGAAAGUCGCGGCUGAAGGUGGGAUUUCUACCAUCCGCCUGGCUACUUCCAUCUUCUCUUACUUGAAUGACCAAGUAAUCAAUGAUAACAUGGCUAUUAUUUUUAAUUCCAUGCAUGCUACCUUUACGCAGUUUGAUGAAGAAGUUGCACGGGGGGGCCUGAACGUCAAUACUGCAGACAUGUUUUCCGAAUUUGUUUACUACGCCUUGAUCCCGCGACUCGAAGGCGUACAAGCGUGGGCAGAAACACGCAUUGAAACGCUGAGGAGCAAUUGGGAAGCUGUACGGAAUAGUCCCAUGUCGUCGGCCCGGGCAGCAACUGUAGGUGAGGUUUUGCAAAAUGCUCAGAGAGCUCUUGCAAGAACUCCAAAACACGGUGUUCAUUGAUAUGACGAGUAUAUGAAAGUAUUUUAA